AACGAUACGAUGGGAUUCCGAAAAAUUGAGAAUAUUCGGGAAUCUACGAAUCUGAUUACCGUAGCGGCGUGUAACAAUAAGAUUGUUAAGAGAAUAAACGAAAUCAAAACACGCGACAAUCUCGCGAGUAGAUAGAUCUACGCAACGGCCGUGCGUAUACCCGACGCGGACUGAUAGAGUCUCCUCCUUUGUAUAUACCUCUGAACCAAUUCCCAUCCCAACUCGGUCUCUAUCUCUUCGCUCCGAGUCUUGUUCUACUUCCUCUCCUCCUCCCUCUCCAUCGCUGUUUCGGUUUCCUCUCUUCAUCCAAGCCUUGGGUAUUUUCUUGUGAAUGGUGAGCGAUUACCUGACAUCCCCCUCGCCCUUCUCGUCGUCGUCAUCGUCGUCGAAGAAGAGGGCGACCAGCGCACGCGUUCAUCUGUCCUCCUCGGCUUCCUCUUUCUCGUUCGGCUCCUGCAUGCAGGGCUGGCACUAUCGCUGCCUGGGCCUCGAUCCCUCCAUCCACCCCUUCCCCACCACCGAUUGAUCGCGCUCAUCCAUCUUUUCUCCCAACAAGCAAAAUCAGAUCCGAUUCCUUUUAUUUUUUUUGAUUGAUUGAUUGCCGCCGCCGGCGACAAUGGGUCACGUCGCUCCGUCCUUCCAGAUCAAGCUCGGGAAGAACCAGCAGCGAGGAGGAGGCGAUCGGGGUGGUGCCAACACCCGAUUCCUCAUCACCGUCAACGUUCUGGGCAGCGCCGGCCCUCUCCGUUUCCUCGUGAACGAUGGGGAGCUGGUCACCAACGUCAUCCACACCGCCCUCAAGUCCUACGCUCGGGAGGGCCGCCUCCCCGUCCUCGGCUCCGAUUUCAACAACUUCCUUCUCUACUGUGCCAAUUCUGGAUCUGAUGCUUUGAACCCCUUGGAGGCGAUCGACUUUCGUGGCACGAGGAACUUUGUGCUGUGCAAGAAGCAGGGGGUGGUGGAUGAGCCUGCUUCCGAGGUGCUUGGCAGGAAAGGGAGCGGGAGCUGGAAGACCUGGCUUAACAAGUCCCUCGGCUUUGGGAUCUCUUCUUCUCACUGAAAGAUGAAGGCUUUUCUGUCAUCCUUGCUGCCUCACUUUCUCCUAUUGGAGGUUAGUUUGAAAUAAUGCUCUGCUAGAUGGAGGCAUGAGAGCAGAAGCGGCAGGAGUGACGCUUUCUAUCUAAUUUUCGCUAGAUUUUCUUGGGUCUGCGAUGUUAUUUUAUUUGUUUACAUUGAGUCGGUUGGGUCUUUUUGUUUGAGAUGAUAAUAAGUUUCGAUUGUGAUUUGGAAGCUCGAGUCUCUAGUUCUUUGUUUUCUUCAUUUGUCUUGAAGAUGAAAAAGGCUGUUUUCUACUGUUACUGUUUUGAAGAUGUUAUUUUUUGGCAGUUGUUUCGGGCUUUACUCUUUGGUCAGCUUUGCUUUGAGAUAUCAUUGCUUGUUAUUUCA